AUGCACCUCCCACGUGCAAUCCGAUAUCACUUUAGCAAUGGCGGCAGGUCACCAGAUGAUCUUCAACGAGCCAAUCGAGCAGUUCGAUAUAGUUGCCCAAUGGGAUGUUUUGAUUGCCUCGCUGGGCAAAAACUGCACGUUUGGUGCCCGAUGGCACUUCUGAUUUUCGUCUCGCUGGCCUCGCCGUUUGCGGAUGCCAUAUGGCGCCAACCUGAAAAUCUGAAGUUGCCUACUCGCUCUGAUUUCGUCAAGGGCGCUGCAGCUUUGGCUGCCCCAACUCUGACCAAAGACUCCCAGACUUUCAGCUGCCUUCCCUCUGUCUCCGCAGCUGCCAUGGCAGUUGAGGAGGUUCACUUCAGACCUUUAACCUGCGCUGAACCCACUUCUCCUGAAGCGGAAAGAGGUGAAAGCACUACAUGCACGCAAGUGUCUGUGCAACGAUCUCACUCGGGCAUGUGCCAAAUGGACUCCGCCCUAGAGCCGGAGCAGGAGGAACUUUUCCUCGACGACGAUGAAAAGCAAAGUCCGAGUGCCUCUUUGACGCACUUCCUUGAUGCUACUCGCAAGUCUGCUGAGGACCUCAAACGUACUUGUGGUCGUGGUUUGGGCUAUGGCCCUUCGCCUGUGUCCUCCUCUAUCUCCCCCGUCUCCUACAGACCUGUUGGUGAUGUUCCCUUAGCUGUGCAGUCAGAGGGCUUACUGGAGGUAGAGGCUGUUGACAUGGAGGGUGAAGACCAAGCUGAGGAAGCUGAGGAGGUUGACGAAGCCGUGCUCGUGAAAGAGAGUGAUGUGGUUGAGCAAUCUGCUCCUCGUGUAUUUGAUCCUCGUUCCCGAUCAAUGCCUGUAGACUUGGGAAGGGUGCAGGAGUUUGACAAAGUCGUUGGCUUUGGCACUUUGGAGGGCCCAAAGGAGCAUGCAGGUGACAUUGUUGUGGAUGAUGCAAUGGCGAUCGAAGAGCCGGAUGAACCAGAUCUGGAUGACGAGGAGUCUGGAGCAUUGGCCAUAGCAAAUUCGCAUUUGCGGUCUAUUGAGGCCGAGCUUCGGGCUCAUCGGGAUUUGAUCUCGCAAGAGGUAGAGGCCAGACGGCGGCUAGAAGAUGCCUUGCAAGCAGAACGCCAGCGUGCGGAAACUGAAGCGCAGGGGCGCCGAAAGUUGGAGCAAGAGAUUGAAGCUGAAAAGCAACGGAUUGAAGAUGAGCGUCGUCGGAAGAUUGAGGAAGCUGAGAUGGCGGCGAGACGUGAAGAGGAGAAACGUUUGGAGGAGGAAUUGGAAGCUGCGCGAAGGCGCGCUGAAGAGGAGGCUAGGCUGGCUGCUCAAAGAUCUGAGGAGCAGCGACGACAGGCUGAGAAGCGGAAGCAGCUCCAGGAAAUGGAGCAGCAGGCCCGCGAAUCUGCUGCGGAGGCAAAAAAAGAGCGUGAAAGCCGAGAGAAGGCCAAAGCAUUUUUGGCAGCUGAAGGUUUCUUGACCAAUUUGCCCUGGACCUCAGAAGCCAAAGAUCGAAUCAGCCACCUGGCGGCCCCGUGCCAUGUACAACAGCAGAUGCCAGGGGCACAGAGGAGCAUGCUUGUUUGCAAGGUCCUCGCUCGCAUCCAGGAUCACUUGCAAAAUGCCGAGCAGGCACUCUACAGAUUGCGUGCAAAUUCUAUUGCAACGUGCUACUACAGCUCUAGGGAUGAGCGGGGCGAGGACGUUUGGCUGUCAAUACCCUCCCCCGGCUUGGUGGACCACGCCUGGUUUCAGAGCCAUCUCGAAUAUCCUGUCUUGAUGGCCUUGGGAAGCUUGGUUCUCUUGACCUUGCUACUGGGAUGUCUGGCCGUGGAGGCUGGAGAUGCCUGGCCUGAAGAUCAAGAUUCGUGGAUUCGCGUUGCUCGCGUUUGUUUCAACAGCUCACCAGAGCUUCAUCUGCUGAAGGAAAAAUAUUGCAGGCCUCCAGUGAGUCCCUCAACUGCUCGCAAUGAGUUCAACCUCGGCCGCUCGGCCAGUGAGCCUUCCUUCCAGAAGUCCAACUUCUCCAGGUCACUGCCGGAAGAGCUACCAGCUGCCUUGAAAGGUUCCUUUUUGCCCAGACAAUUGGGUCAUCCCACUGUCACUGCUCGGCGGAGUCUGGCUCAGAAGCGCAAGGCGCUCAUGAGGGAUACCCGAUUGUUUGAAGACUUCAGCUUCUACGGUGCCCAAGGCGUCUCAGGCUUCGUGUCGCAUUUGCGAAAUCGAUUUGGCUCGGUUCUUGCUGGCUGGAGAGUGCUUGACGAGGGCAAGACUGGACGCCUAUCUUUCCAUCCGUUCUUUAAGGCAGCACGAAAAAUGGGCUUUCAUGGCAACAUGAAGAGGCUUUGGGCGGAGCUUGACAAGAGCAGCAAGGGCUAUGUCACACUGGAGGACAUAGACCCUGAAGUUUGGACAAUGGUAAGCGGCUUCAAAGUGGCCUUGAUGAAAAAGUAUGGAGACAUGCUAUCAGCCUGGCUGGAGGGUCUAGACCGAAGUGGGACAGGAAAAGUCACAGCUGAAGACGUACAGAGAUGCGUCGAUGAGCUCGGUUUGGAUAUGAAUGGAAAGAAGCUGCUUGGAAUGUUCGUGAGUGUCCCCGGCGCGCCACACAUGCUUCUAGUGGAUUUUGAUCCCAAGGCACAUGUCAGGUGGCUGACAGAGUCGGUCGUUCCAGGUGAUGCUGAUGAUACUGAAGCUGGUGGAUCUGGUGAGGAGGUGCGCACCGACAGAAAGAGAUUGGGGGUCAGUACGAAGGAUGCUCUCAUAGAUGCUCUAAUCAGUCGUUACGGGUCUGUCUUCAGAGCAUGGCGAGAGGUUUUGGACCCAGCUGGACGGGACCGGUUGAGCUGGGGAGAGUUCACCCAUGUUUUUCGCCGGUUGGGAUUGAGCGGUGACCUUCAGGGCCUUUGGAGUCAGCUUGACACUGAGCAGCUUGGCAUCAUCAGACUGGCGGACCUGGAUGAGGAUCUAGAUGCACUUUGGUCUGACAUGCGAGCUUCGUUCAAGCAGGAGCACGGGAAUAUGCUGAGAGCCUGGAUGAAGGGCGUCGAUGUCAAUGCGCAAGGCUAUGUAGGGCGCGACGACUUUGUCCAAGCCUGCAAGCAGGUUGGAUUUCUCAAAAAUGCCGAUGUGCUUUUUGACUUUAUGAGGCCACCAGGAGAAGGCUCUUUCCUGACCCUCCAAGACUUUGAUGCAAAGGCACACAAGGCGUUUAUGCGAAACGACUUCCGCAUGCUGGAUGAACCAGACCAACGAGGAGCUCCCUCACCCUUGGAGAUGACUCUUGAAGAGCGCACCGAAAAGGGGUUCUUCUUCAGGAUACGCAAAGGCUGGGAGACAUCGAAAUCUGCAGAGUUUGCAAUGCACUGCAAAGUGUACGUUCCUCCAAAGCAAGAAGAGGUGCACCCAGAAAGCUUUGUGAACCUGUGCAGCAGAAAGUAUGGAUCUAUGGUGGCAGCUUGGCGCUUUGGCAUAGAUCCAAAGGGCCGAGGGCAGCUGAACUUCAACGAGUUUUGCACAGCAGUACGCCGCCUUGGAUACAGAGGCAGUCUGAGGAAGCUGUGGGCAGAGAUUUGUCCGUCAGACAGCUAUGUCAUCAGACUGAAGGACAUUGUCAAGGAAAACGGUGACGCAGUGACGCUCUUCUUCGAAGCGAUCCAUGAAAGAUAUGAGGAUUUGGCCACGCUAUGGUCGGACCUUUUCAAGAAGGAUGAUGCAUAUUCAAGCGUGACGCUCGAUGACCUUAAGAAGGGAUGUAAGGAGUUAGAGAUUCCCGAAGAUAUGGUGGACAUGAUCUUCCAUAGCCUCCAGCCAACACCAGGUGUGAAAGAGACCCUAUUUCUCUGGGAUUUGGAUGACAUGUUCGUCACCACUCAAAGACUCUGGGAGCGGAAGAAACCAAAGCACCUUCGAAGGCCCGUGAAGCCAGUUGGUACCUCUUUGAUCGUUGCCAAAGAGACAAAUGAAGCUCGCAUCCGCGCACAGAAAGAAGCUGAAGCCAAAGAGCUUGGUGAGAGUCUGAUAGUGCAACAUGCUGCCACGCCCCAACUAGUUCGUCACGCACUGGAAAGGGACUUUGUCUCCACAGUUGCUUGCUGGAAUCUUGAGCUGGAUUGGCGAGGAAAAGGCACCAUCACUCGCUCCCAGUUCCUUGCCAUGAUGUACCGGUGUGGCAUUUGUGGAAAUUUGCAAAAACUGUGGGACGACUUCACACAAAAUCGAGGAGACGAAGCAUCUAUGAGCUUUAUGGAUCUGGAUCCUGAUGCCCAAGCGUUCUUGAAUGAAUGCCGUGGAGAGCUUCUUAAGAAAUACAAAACUUUGACGCAAGCAUGGCAUGAAGGCAUUGAUCCUGGACACCUGGAAAUCGUUGACCUGAAGGUGAACACCCUUUUCCACUAUCUCAUGGCAAGACAUGGCCAGCGUUCAAUCAGAAAAGAAAAUUGGCGAAUUCUUCUGACUGGCCUUCCUCCCUCUGAACGUCCUUCUGCUUGGGGGCAAGGCGACGAUGAUGACAGUUCACAUCUGAACACUGUGUUCCGGGAACAGGAGGAAACACGCCUUAUCGAUACUUUGGAUGGCUUCAAGAGGAUGCUUAAAGCAAAAUACGGAAGCUUCUUCGCAGCCUGGAAGCAUGCCUUAGACCGGGAACACAAUGGCUAUGUGAUGAAGCAGGACUUUUGCUUGACCUGUCGAUGCCUUGGGGUGAAAGAGGUAGCAUCGAUUUGGCGAGAAUUCCUGGAGUGCACUGACAAAAAGAACCUCAUCACGCUUGAGGUUCUGGAUACUGAGACAGCCGAAUGCUGGGCAGAGCUGUAUCGCUUGUUGUUGAAGGCCUCAAUUGGCGACACAUUGGCAGCUCCAGCAGCUCCAGUAUUGGAAGUGAAUGAGGCGCCCCAGGAUGAAGUUCCAAAAGAUGAUGGAGCUUCUCCAUCUUCACCUUUGCCAGAUGAACCUGGAGCAACAAAUUCGGUCCCCGCGAAUGCGGGCCCAGAGAAUGAACUGCAGAGGAGUGUGACCACUGUGACCACCACCCCUGAAAAGACGCCCAAUUUGAAGGAAGGAUGGCGAAGAGCUUUUGAUCCUCGAAACAUCCGCCGAGUUGAGAGGCCGCGUUUCUUUGAAGGGUGCAAGAAAUUGGGCUACUCAAAGGACCCUGGCAGAUUGUUUGAUCUUCUCCGACCAGAGCGUUUUCGGGAGUAUUUGGUCUAUGAGGAUCUGGUGACCGACUUGAACCCAAACAAAUUUGCGGUGAAAGCGAAUGUGAAGGACACUUAUCUGCCAAUGAAGUAUGUGGCCACUGAAGAAGAGGCAGUCUGUGGCGGACACCCCCGCGAAGCCCUCUUUUCUGCCUGUGGCUUGGGUCAAGUCAUCGCUUUCAGCCGGUUGCCGCUGCCAUGCAACCGGGGAGGCUUUCAUGGAGAGCAGCGACAGAUAUGCCGUGCACAAGAUUCGAAAAAGAAGGAUAGAAAAUUCUGGAAACUGCCCAAGCUCCCGAACCCUUUUAGGAAGCUUGGAAGAUUUGGACGUAUGCCUCGACUGAAACGCAGUUCUUGGUUUCUCUUGUCUAUGGUUGUCUUCUUUCUAUUGACGGUGCUUCGGCACAGGAGGGCGGAGAACAAGAUCCACGAGGUGACCAUCAGCUUUUUGUUAGAUAUCUUGGAGGAGCAGAAGUUUGGACCCCGACAGGCUAUUGUUGGAGCCUCCCAGUGUGUCCUCAUCCUUGAGGAUGGGACUCGCUAUUUGGCUCAUCUGCCAAAUGCAGUGUCUCCUGCAGUAGCAGAACUUUGGUCCGCACUACGAAAUGCAAAGGUGCAAAUUUUGGCUGAGCGCACUGGUGGCGUGUCCCAGCUAGCCGCAAGCAGCAUGAUCCUUUUCCUUUACUUGGCCAUAGUCUACACGAUGAUGCGUCGGAUGACAGGUGGUAAUGGUAAAGGAUGGCGAGAUGCGAGGCAGAAAGUCAUGGAGGCUCAAAAAGUGGCUGGCUCCAAUGCGAUGGUCACUCGCUUUGAUGACAUUGCCGGCAUCGAGCGAUCAAAGCUUCAGGUGAAGGAGGUAGUUGAAAUGCUCCGAUCACCAAGCAGGUAUGCAGCCCUUGGUGCGAGUGUACCGCGAGGGGUGCUUCUUGCUGGACCUCCCGGAUCCGGCAAGACAUUGCUCGCGCGAGCCUGCGCAGCUGAGGCUGGGGUGGCAUUUCUGAACGUCGCAGCAACAGAGUUUGUGGAACUCUUUGUUGGCCGUGGUGCAGCUCGUGUUCGGCAGCUCUUCGAGCGAGCAAGAAAGAUGGCACCAUGCAUCGUUUUCAUAGAUGAGAUCGAUGCCCUCCGUGCUCGCUCCAGUGAUCCCCUGAGACUAGGGGGUGGCAACCAGGAGGCUGAGUCUACAUUGAACCAGCUCCUCACCUGCAUGGAUGGUCUUGUGACUCGAGAAUCUGGACGUCCCGUGGUUGUGAUCGCGGCCACAAACAGACCAGAGGUUCUCGAUGAAGCCCUGCUUCGGCCGGGUCGAUUUGAUCGAGUGGUGCAGGUUGACCUCCCUGAUGCCGAAGGUAGACUGGACAUCCUCAAAGUGCACUUGCGCCUGAGACAGGUCCCGCUCUCCGAAGAAGUUACAGAGAGCUCGCUGAGCGAGAUAGCAGCGAGGUGUGAUGGAUUCCCUGGUGCUGCCUUGGAAGCCAUGGUGAACGAGGCAUAUGCCUAUUUCUAUCACAAUUUCGAAGCUCACAACCUCGCGAUAGACCAUGAUCCAGAUUACAAACAGUCAGCGACACCACUCUUGUUGGAAAAUGGCCCUGGAUGGUCGCUGAGCAAAUCGGAUUGCGCUCUCAUUUUUGGUAGGAUGCCUCCCAAGUUGAAUCGCCAGAAGACCAUCGAACAGCAAUACCAGAAACUCUCCCAGUUGGAGCACAUUCUUCUGAGACCGGACUCCUAUGUUGGAUCCGUGGAGUUUCAGAAAGAGUGGCAGUGGGUUUACAAUGAGAAGGAUGGAUCAGUGGAGCAAAAGAACCUCCAGUAUGUGCCAGGACUCUACAAAAUUUUUGAUGAAAUCUUAGUGAAUGCCGCGGACAACUUCGUUCGGGACAACUCUCAGACCUAUGUGAAGGUCACCAUCAAUGAGAAAGAGGGUUUUGUGACGAUAGAGAACAAUGGCCAUGGGUUGCCGGUGGAGGAGCACAAGGAGCAUCAGAUGUAUGUACCGGAGCUUGUGUUUGGACAUUUGUUGACCAGCGACAACUACGAUGACAGUGAGAAGAAGGUCACAGGUGGUCGAAACGGUUAUGGUGCGAAGCUCACAAACAUUUUCUCCAAAAAGUUUGAAAUUGAGUGUGGAGAUUCGGAACGCAAGAAGAAAUACCAUCAAAUGUGGGAGGGCAAUAUGCAGACAAAGCAAAAGCCGAAGAUCACUUCACACUCUGGGGAAAGCUUCACUAAGAUCAGUUUCUGGCCAGACCUUGUACGCUUCGGUAUGAAGAAACUGGACAAGGACAUUGUGGGGCUGAUGUCCCGACGAGUAGUAGAUCUUGCAGGGACAACUCCAGCAAAGUGCAAGGUUUUCCUCAAUGGCAAGAGGCUUGACGUCAAUAGCUUCAAAGACUACAUCCAGCUCUACACUGGAACUGAAGAUGUGCAGAUAGUUCACGAGAAGUGCCAUGAGAGAUGGGAGGUUGCUAUGACGGUCUCGGACGGACAGUUUCAGCAGGUGUCCUUCGUGAACAACAUUGCGACCCCGAAAGGUGGCACGCACGUCGUCCAUGUAGCUGACCAACUCGUGGAGGCCAUCACUGCCAAAGUCAACAAGCAAAACAAGGGCGGCAUGGAAAUCAAGCCGUACCAUGUCAGAAACUACCUGUGGAUCUUCGUGAACGCACAGAUUGAAAACCCAUCUUUUGACUCGCAAACCAAAGAAACACUGACGCUGAAAGCUGCCAAAUUUGGGUCGAGCUGCCAGAUCCCUGACAAGAUGAUUGAGAAAGUGCUCAAAACUGGCAUAGUUGACAUGGUUCUGCAGUGGGCCAGAGCAAAAGAGGAGAUAGAUCUUGGGAAGACCAUGAAAGGUGGCUCCAGCGCCCCAAACAAGAAAACCAAGCGCCUUCUCAACAUUCCCAAGCUUGAGGACGCCAAUUUAGCAGGUGGUCGAGAUGGCCGUGAGUGCACUUUGAUCCUCACAGAGGGAGACAGUGCCAAGUCCCUGGCAGUCGCAGGCUUGGGAGUCAUUGGAAGAGACCGCUAUGGUGUGUUCCCACUGAGAGGGAAGAUCCUCAAUGUACGUGAUGCAACAUUUGCUCAAACUAUGAGCAACGCAGAGAUUGCCAACAUCACCAAAAUCAUUGGCUUGGAGCCAAAAAAGGAGUACCACUCUGCAAACUCCCUGCGAUAUGGUUCCAUCAUGGUGAUGACAGACCAAGAUUACGAUGGAUCCCACAUCAAGGGUCUUAUUCUGAACUUUUUUCAGCAUUGGUGGCCGUCCCUGUUCAAGCUGCCGGGCUUCAUGACUGAGUUCGUGACUCCAAUCGUCAAGGUCAGCCGACGGGGCACAAUGCAGCAGUUUUUUACGGUGCAGGAAUACGAGCAAUGGAAGGCCCAGAACAGCAAUGGGAAAGGUUGGCAUUUGAAGUACUACAAAGGCCUCGGAACAUCAACAACUGCAGAAGCCAAAGAAUAUUUUAGCAACAUCAACGAGCACAGCCUUUCCUUUCAAUACACUGGCGAGAACGAUGAUGAGUCCUUUGAUAUGGCAUUCAACAAGAAAAGAGCAGAUGACCGAAAGGAAUGGAUCAACGAAGCUGAUGAUGAGGAGUUUGUUGACCACUCAAAGGACUCCGUCACCUACUCAGACUUUGUGAACAAGGAGUUGGUGCAGUUUGCGAAGUACGAUGUCCUUCGUGCGAUUCCAUCACUCAUUGAUGGUUUCAAGCCGGUGCAGAGGAAGAUCAUGUGGGCGGCAUUCAAGCGCAACCUCAAAAAUGACACAAAAGUGGCGCAAUUUGCAGGAUACGUGUCGGAGAACGCGGCAUAUCACCAUGGUGAGAGUUCUCUUCAAGGUGCCAUCGUUGGCUUAGCGCAGAACUUUGUUGGUGCCAACAACGUGAGCUUCUUGUUCCCUGCUGGUCAAUUUGGCACUCGCAUUCAAGGGGGCAAAGAUGCAGCAAGUGCUCGUUACAUUUACACUCGACUAGAGAGGAUAACAAGACUCCUUUUUCAUCCAUCUGAUGACGCCUUGCUGGAGUUCCAGGUCGAAGAGGGACAGCGAAUCGAGCCGAAAUGGUACAUUCCCGUCAUCCCAACGCUUUUGAUGAAUGGUGCGGAAGGAAUUGGCACUGGCUGGUCGACCUCCCUGCCAAAUUACCAUCCCCGCGACAUCAUUGCGAACCUGAAGAGGUAUAUUCGAUGCGAGCCUUUGCAGGAGAUGUGCCCAUGGUAUGCUGGUUUCAAGGGCAGCCUGGUCCUGUCACCAGAGAAAGUUGGCUACGAAUCUGUGGGAGUCAUUGAAAAGCGGGGACCUACAACGUUGGAGAUCACAGAGCUUCCAAUCAAGAAGUGGACGGAGGACUACAAGGUGUCUGUGUUGCAGGCUAUGCUGUCAACCGAAGGGCCUGGAAGUGGGCAGAUUGAGGAUUUCAAGGAGUGGCACACAGAGGCGACAGUCCACUUCACCAUCACUGUGACAGAGGAGCAAAUGGCAGCUCAUGAGUACAUAGGAUUGGAGAAAUCCUUCAAGCUGCGCAGUGCUUUGUCGACCAACAACAUGAUAUUCUUCGACAAGGAUGGCAAAAUCAAGAAAUAUGCCGAUGAGCGGCAAAUCAUCGAAGAAUUUGCUGAGCUGCGCCUUGAGUACUACCACAAGAGAAAAGCCCAUCUCGUGAGAAUUCUGCAGAUACAAGCUGAGAUUCUGGCAGCCAAAGCUCGGUUUGUACAGGAGGUCAUUGACGAGAAGUUGAAAGUGAAGAACAGAAAGAAGGAUGUUUUGAUUGAGGACCUGCGAAAGCAUGGCUUCAAAACCAUGCAAGAAAUUACAGAAGGAGAAAGUGUAGAAGUAGAGGGAGGUCAAGGAGGACGAGGUUGGGAGUAUCUUCUGGGAAUGCCUUUGUGGUCACUUACAGCGGAAAGAGUAGCGACCCUGUUGGCACAACUGAAAGACAAGCAGGCAGAGUUGCAAGACUUGCAGUGUACUGCACCGGAGGAGAUGUGGGAGGCGGACCUCAAUGCAAUACUUGUUGAGCUCUCAAACUUGGACUCGAGAGCGAAAACAGCAGUGGCAGAGGAGAAGGCCGCACAAAAACGCGCAGCUGCCACAUUGGCGCUUUCGUCCAAAAAGUCAAAAAGUAGCAGUACAACGUCAUUGACAACACCGGUCCUCCACCCUGGACAAAUCUCGCCAUUGCUGCUUGGGGAGAUGCAGGAGCGUCAGCUGAAGACCACCUUGGCAGAGUUUCCGGGUUUGUUCGAUGACAUGGUACCGACGAAGCCACCACCUCCUCCUGGCUUGCAAAAGCUUUCGAGCAAAGCUGGCAAAGCCCUUGACGGUGAUGCAGCUGCUACUACGGAGGAGUCAGUGAAACCAAGGGCAAAGGCGUUCUUUGCCAAGAAGGUGCAAGCAAAGGCCAAGGCAAAAGGAAAGUCGGCCAAAGGCUCCAAAGCCGCCAAGGCCAAAGGUCGAGGCAGAGGAAGCACCGCUGGGCGCCGUGGACGAAAGUCUCCACUGUCAUGGGUGGAGGAAUGA